AUGGCCUCCGUUGCGGCCGCCUUUGCCUUCACUGGGGUUCUGGGCGUUUCCUUCCGCCGGGCCCGCCGCCGGGCCUCCGCCGCAGCGGCCCGGAGCAAGAAAGACGCGCAACUGGAGUCGACCGAUGACAUCCGGAAUGCCGACCAGGAGGAUCUUUUUUCGGAGAAGAACCUCGAGGAGGCCCUUCAAGAGCCGAUGAAGAACCGGAUCUUGGCUUUGAGGAUCAUCUUCGGUGUUGGAGUCGCUUUCGGGGCCUUCCAAGCUCCCUGGCAAGCUCUGCCAGUUCUGAUCGACCGGAAGAUUGCCGCGGACCCUGCCUUGCCGUUGAGCGAAAGUCAGUUGAAAAUCAGUGAGACCUUCGUUUUCGUUGGUUGGCUUCUUGGUGCAGUCGCACUGCAUCCCUUGAUGCAAAGGCUCGAUCUGAAGCAGGUGCUAGUCCUGCUUGGUGUUACUAUGCUGUUUCUCACCGUGGCCUCGAUUACGGGCCCGUACGUCAGCAUGCUCAGCAUGACCUUGCUCUGCACAGUGAGGCUGCUUCACGGCAUGUGCCUGAAUAUCCAAGGUGUCCAGUACAUGUACAUGCAAAACUGCUUCCCAGGGUAUGGAAGCCAGCUCUGUGCUAUGGUGAACACGCUCUAUGCCGUUGUCGCUGUGUUGAUGGCCAUGAGCUGUGGGACUUUGACUCUGCAUUGGGACUGGCGGCCCGAGGCCUUGAUCUGGUUCGGCCUCCCGAUGCUUCUCGGCCUUCUCGUCGCCUUCCCAGAUCUGCUCAAAGUCAUUUGCUCUCUUCCCCGCGCCCUGCAAGCAAGAAGCCCUACACACAGCGCACACAGCUCUGGCUUGGAGGAGGCUCAAACCAUGAGCCGCUCCAUGUACCAAGAUUUGUGUCACCUAGCACUUUGCUUCGCUUGCACAGUCUUCCCUUACUACGGCUUGAGCUACUCCCCAGACUCCCUCUCCACAAAUCCUUUUCUCAGCGCCUGGCUCAUCAACGCCUCCGACAUACUUGCAUGUGUGCUGUCCAGCCGCGCCGGGGCCUUUGGCCGAAACCGAGCACAGAUUUGGGGCUUCAUCGUGGCCGGUGUGAGCCUGAUUGCUUGUGCUGUGGGCACCGUCGACAGCGCUUUUGUGAUCUCCAUGGCGAUCCUGGCGCGGGUGGCCUUAUCCGUAGCGUUUGUGACCAUCUACGUCGCCUUGGCAGAGAUCUUCCCGCCAUGGUGUCAGAAGACAGCCCUGCCUACGUGUGAGAUCAUGGCCCGGGUUGGCGGCUGCUUCUCACCAUCAAUUGGGGCUCUGCCAGUGCAUCUUAGCCUGCCGCUUUUUGGGUUAGCAUGCUUGCUGGCUGCGAGGGCAUCCGCAAAGUUGCCAGACAAGUAUGCUCCAAAAGAGUUUUGA